UUUACUGCGUAUCCUAAAUGUUGUCUUGAAACAGUUAUAUAAUUUCUUCAAUAACUAUUUUCUUUUGCUAUCAGGCUACUAGUUGCAAUCAGUGAUCUUUUUAAAUGUUUUUAUUUUUUAUCUUGUAUGUUUUAAUCCCUCCCUCCCUGUCACCCGCUAUAGGUGCUACCUUAUCGAUGCGCUCCCUGGUGAAGGAGGAGCCUGAUUGGAGGACGGGGUCAGCCCUGGGGAGAGGGGCGGGAUGGUUGGCGGUCCUCUUAGGCUGCGGAGGGGAAGCAGGUUCACCUGGAGGAAGGAGUGCCAGUCCAUCAUGGAGAGUUUCUUCAUGGAGAACCAGUACCCUGACGAGGCAAAGAGAGAGGAGAUCGCUAACGCCUGCAACUCAGUCAUCCAGAAACCCGGAUGCAAGCUGUCGGAGUUUGAGCGUGUCACGGCUCUGAAGGUGUACAACUGGUUCGCCAACCGCCGGAAAGAGAUGAAGAGGCGGGCUAAUAUAGAGGCGGCCAUCUUGGAGAGUCAUGGUAUCGAGGUUCGCAGCCCGAGCUGUCACUCCAACGGGGAGGAGCUGGAGCCACAUGACUACGCAGAGCAAGUGAAUCAACGAUUCUCAGAGCAGCUAUUUCCUUCACAGGAAGAGAUUUCAUCCAGGAAGGACCUUGAUCAACAAGACCCCUCCUCAUUGGCUGCCGUCAAUGUCCUUCCCCCUUCUAGCCCCGCCCCUCAGGGCCUGGAACACAAAGCUGACGAAUCGAAAAGGGAAACUGUGGAUGAGGAGUGACCUACGGGAGAAGAACGUCACUAAAGUGUUGAUUUUUACAUAUAUAAGGGAUUUUUUUUUAAGAAAAGAAAAAUGACUGCUCUGAGUGUCUGUCCUCCUAGAGGUCUUUAGGGGUUAUGACUGCUCUGAGUGUCUGUCCUCCUAGAGGUCUUUAGGGGUUAUGACUGCUCUGAGUGUCUGUCCUCCUAGAGGUCUUUAGGGGUUAUGACUGCUCUGAGUGUCUGUCCUCCUAGAGGUCUUUAGGGGUUAUGACUGCUCUGAGUGUCUGUCCUCCUAGAGGUCUUUAGGGGUUAUGACUGCUCUGAGUGUCUGUCCUCCUAGAGGUCUUUAGGGGUUAUGACUGCUCUGAGUGUCUGUCCUCCUAGAGGUCUUUAGGGGUUAUGACUGCUCUGAGUGUCUGUCCUCCUAGAGGUCUUUAGGGGUUAUGACUGCUCUGAGUGUCUGUCCUCCUAGAGGUCUUUAGGGGUUAUGACUGCUCUGAGUGUCUGUCCUCCUAGAGGUCUUUAGGGGUUAUGACUGCUCUGAGUGUCUGUCCUCCUAGAGGUCUUUAGGGGUUAUGACUGCUCUGAGUGUCUGUCCUCCUAGAGGUCUUUAGGGGUUAUGACUGCUCUGAGUGUCUGUCCUCCUAGAGGUCUUUAGGGGUUAUGACUGCUCUGAGUGUCUGUCCUCCUAGAGGUCUUUAGGGGAUUAUGACUGCUCUGAGUGUCUGUCCUCCUAGAGGUCUUUAGGGGUUAUGACUGCUCUGAGUGUCUGUCCUCCUAGAGGUCUUUAGGGGUUAUGACUGCUCUGAGUGUCUGUCCUCCUAGAGGUCUUUAGGGGUUAUGACUGCUCUGAGUGUCUGUCCUCCUAGAGGUCUUUAGGGGUUAUGACUGCUCUGAGUGUCUGUCCUCCUAGAGGUCUUUAGGGUUAUGAUAGUCAGAGUUAAUAGUGGAAAGGGUGCUACAGGUCGCUCUGGUGCCUCUAGUGGUAGGGAGGCCACUUUAUGUAUACAGUAAUCAUGCUUUAUAGUAAUGGCAAUAUUUAUCUCUCUCUAUAUAUAUAUAUAUAUAUAUAUAUAUAUAUAGUGCAUUCCAAGACUGUCUUAAAGGGAAAAAAAACAACUCCUUCGAAGGAAGAGAGUACCGGUAAGCGGAUGUAUCGUCCCUUCUAUAAGCUAAAAGCCUUUCUUUAAAAAAAUGUAUUUGCGAUUUUUCUUUUUAAAAGGUAUUGACAAGUGGUUGUGUAAAAUGGAGCUAAGUGGAGGGAGGAAGGAACGUUUUCAACCUGCAGGUCAGGUGUGUUUGAUGAUAAGGUGAGUCCGGUGUGUUUAGUUGAAGCAAGUGAGGCUGAGUUUGGUUGGUCUUUGUUGUGACGAUAGUGUUUUAAGAUAAUAUCAGCAUGAUAAUAUCCGCCUUCUCUGCUCGCAUGAAUGUCUGACCUGAUCUUAGUAACCUUUGUUAGACUUUGACUCAAUCUAUCGAUCCGUCAAGUGAUCGAUCAAGUAGUCUGGUCAGUGUUAAGAGUCCAACCCUGAGGGACAAACGGAAUCUCAGGUAAACCCAAACAUGAUGGAUGAGGCUGCUGAAUCGUCCAAUAUUUCUCUGUAGUAAAGCUUGUUCAAAGGAAUGUUUCAUAUCAUAUAAUCAUAUUGACUGUUUUCUGCCAAAACGUGAACACCCAGUGAGCAAAAAUGGGUUGAAAGGACGUCUUUUUUCAACUUGUUUUCCUCACUGCAUUUACUAUGUAUUUAUGUACAGUUGAAGUGGGAAGUUUACAUCUUUUGGCAAAUACAUUUAAACUCAGUUUUUCACAAUUCCUGACAUUUAUAAUCCUAAUAAAUAUUCCCUGUUUUAGGUCAGUUAGGAUCACCACUUUAUUUUAAGAAUGUGAAAUGUCAGAAUAAUAGUAGAGAGAAUGAUUUAUUUCAGCUUUUAUUUCUU